AUGUCAGAAAAAUAUAACUCUGAUGAAAUAUCAGUAGAAAAGAUUACAUUAAAAAAAAAUGGUCAAACUUUAAUUACUGACGACCUUUCAUUUUCAAUCUUAAUUAAAAAAUUAAACGAAAAAAAAUUAAACGAUUUAUAUUGUAGAAUAGAAUUUGUUUUAGAUAUUGCUUAUAGAAAUUUAACAUUCGAUAUUUUUAAAUCAGAAUCAAAAGAUUAUGAUAACAGUUUAGAAAAUAUAAAUUUAGAUUUCUUAUCAAUAGAAUCAUUAUCAGAAUUAUUAAAGAAACAAAAUAUAGAAGAUUCUUUUUGGUGUAAUAUUAGUUGUAUAAAUAUCUAUAUUAAUUAUAGACUUUCAAAAGAAGAAACUGAACCAGAGAAAUCAAUAAAAAUCACAAUUCCAUUAAAUAUUUAUAAAGAUACUAUGACCGAUAAUAUAACUUAUAAAACUACUUAUAAUCCAUUUGAUUAUUUGUAA